CUCUCAAGUAGAUUUUCAUAUUUCUUUCAAUUUUUAAGAGUAAGAAUAUUUAUCAAAGAUAACAUCUGUUGUGCUAGUCUAAAGAAAUUUUAGAUAAAUUUUUAAAGAUUCUAAUAUUUUUAUCGUGUUUGAAGGUAAGCGAAAAAAGAAUUACUGGGUCUAUAUAAACCCUCAAACUCACCCGAAAUGCCCCUUCCACAGUACAAAUCUCGUCUUAUUGCGAAUUUCUCACCUAAAAAAACUGAAAAUUUAUGAAAUUUUAACUUAUCUACAUUCUAAAGUUAUUCCUCCAAAAAUUAUCAUAAAAUCAUCUUCAUUACACAUAUUUUUAGUCCUCCAUUUCUUUUUAGAGCAAACUUGGUAUAAAUCUGCUGUAAAGAUUAAUAAAUUAGAGAGAAAUUUAUGCAAAAAGUCACUCUCUUCUACAUUUCCCUAAGCCUUAAUAAUAAUGGUCUCAAGUGAUAGUCUUAGUACAAAUUUUACCCAUUUAACAUCAUGAUUUAAGCCUGUUAGCAAACUCAGAGAUUUCAGAAAUAGUGAAUAAGAAGAACUAUGGAAACAUCCUAGUAAUUUGAUAAGUUUCAGACUUACACUUUAAUGGACUAUUUAAAAUACUUUAUCCAAGAAUGGCGCUAUUUUCCAUCCCCGAACUCUAAUUAGCGAUCUGGGGUGAAAUAUAGCAUCCCAAUGGUAUUACCUCCUUCAAUGGUGAGAAUGAAGAUUUUAGCCCGAUUUCAGGAAGAAUCUUGAAGGUUAGCUUAAGACCCUCCAGUUCCAUCAGUUUCACAAUAGAGUUAGCCUCACAAUACAGAUUUUAUUACUGUUUAAUGAGUUUUUUAGUAUUUUCCUUCAGUAACAUUCUCUAUGUCCAAUGCUUAGUGUUAGUAAAGCCCUAUUUUUGCAAAAUGGGUGAAAGAUAUUGCUAGGUUAAGCCUCCUACUUAAAAGCUUCCAGAUACGUUGAGAUUUAUGGUUAUCUAGCCCAGCUGCUUUUCUCCUCUUGUGCUUUCUUAUGAUAAUUUAGGAUAUGUUGAGGAUGUACAAUAUUUAACUUAUCCUAGACUCUACCAGGGUUAAUAUCCUGACUCUCUGAACAAUUAAACAGUUUAUUCCAAGCUUUACUUUUAUCGUACUCUUGGCAUCAGUAUGAAGAUUGCUCAUAAAUCCUAGAGAGCUAGAUGCUUACUCUAAAUGAAUCUCAUUUUUCCUAUGUGAUUAAAAAUAACCUAAACUCACCCUAAAGUCCAUAUUUUCUAAAUCUAAAUAUUUCCCCCAGAUUUUAACUCUCUAAAAUUCUACCGAGAACAGGCAAAUAAUUCGAACUGAUGCUGGGGGAUAAAAUCUGUAAAUUUACACUCAGAUUAAUCUUUAGUAUAAUUUUGGUGUUUUGAGAAAAGUUAAAGAAAUUCUUUUAAAGAUUAACUUUUUGUCACAGCUUUUUGGUAGAGAAUUUGGAUUUGGUGUGGAUGAUGGGUACUUUUGGAGGCUAUGCGUUUGUGGGGAGAUGUUAGGAGGGUGGUACAAAUGGAGGUUAUUUUUGGUGAUUGGGUGCAUCUCUUUUAGGGAUUAAGGUGGUCUAGCCAAAACUGAUGCUAUUGUUUGGAGAGUUUUUAGAUUGUUAGAGUCUUUAGAAUGAAUGAAAUUUAUUGAUGGUAAGAUAUUAGGAGCAUUCAACAAAAGCUUCAAAAAUUAACAACUGGAGUGCCCAAGUUAUGGAGGAUAUAUGACACUCGUCCAUUUGUCACUUUUGAGAAUAGAACUAGCUCCUUACUGUAGUUCGGUUACCUCCUCAUCCUCAGAUUCUCAGCCUCUAACUCCUAUUAAUAAUAUUAUGGUCUGUUAGCAGGCUAGUUUAAGUUUUUGCUUCAAAUCCUUGGCUAAAGUAUCAAGACGAAUAUUUCGCUUAAUUGUUAGAAAAAUUACCUUAACAGCUUUUGAUACUCAAGAAUAGAUCAUAGAAGUUUUAUACUCUUUAUAAUCCACUAGACAAGCUUUGUCUAAGUGAUCCUAUCUUUUACCAACGAACAGAGAAUCUUCUCUUCUGAGAUUUUUCUCUAAGAUUUCAAUUCCCCACAAUUCAAAGGUUAACUUCCAAGAUACUCCCAACUCUAAAGAAUACAUAACCCACACCAAUCCAUAUCCCCUUCCAAACCCCUCUCUUCCCAUCCAUUCUGACACCCCUAAAACCCAGUUCAAAUCCAUUCUUCUCAAUUUUCUCAAAAUUCCAAUCCCUCAACUCCUAUAAACUCAACCCUGCCAUUUCUCACUGUAUAAUCCUAUCCCUGCCAUUUCUCACUAAAGAGGCUAGAGAAGGAGAUCUGCAGCAGCUGGACGGGACCAAAGAGAGGCUUUGACUGGAACUUUUGGAUUUAUGGGAUUUUGACUGGGGGAGGACAAGGGGAUAGAGGGUUAGGGAAGGGGUGGAAGAGAGGAGGGUUAAGGCACAAGGGGGAUAUAGGGGUUAAUAGAGAGGAGAUGGGGCUGUCUUAUUGGGAGUAGAUUUAGAAAGUAGUGAAGUCUGGUUGAUUUAAUAGCCAAUGGUACAGGGAGUAGCAUGUUGAUAUGGAGUAUUGGGGUAUCCUUGGGAUCUUUGGCUUUGGGGGUUUUCCUUCCACCUACGUAAUUCUAUUUAUCCAUUGAUUUAGAGGGUGCUCAUUUGGCUAUUCCUUUCUUAAUUUUCAUAUUUUGUCUUGAUCGUUCUUCUAAGUUUUCGAAAAUAUUUUAUUGUAUCUUAUUCUAUUGAGGUAAUAUUACAUUUAAGCGAUCUCAAUAGAUAAUUUUAUCAGUUUUUACCCUAAAAACUAGCCAUACGCCAAUUAGCCAAGCCUGAAUAUCUUAAAGGCCCAUUUUAAACAAGUUUUUUAAGAAAUAAAUUGAGAGUAGUGACUCUGAAUCAGAGUUUUCAAAAUUUCUCUCUACAACAAUCUGAUAUAAUUUAGAUGGAAGAAAACAAAGAGUAUUUACAAACUCACAAUAUUGAAGGACAAAUGCCUUAUGGCACAGAAAUGACAACACAUUACUACCCAAGAGUGAAGAAGAAGAAAGGAAGAUGGUCCAACCAAGAACACGACAUAUUCAUCAAUUGCCUCAAGACAUAUGGAAAGGAUUGGGAUAGACUUGAAGAAAUGGUAUUUCCUGAUAACUUAUAGACAAUAUCUUCUCCAUAGAUCCCAACAAGGUCAAGUUUGCAGAUUAGGUCUCACUGUCAGAAGUAUUUUGACCAGAUCAAGAAAGAGUAUAAGACAGACAACCCGAUGGAGUAUAUUCUAAAGAACAUGUGAGACACAUCUCCGUACUACCAAUUCGACCUGCCCCAACUGACUGACCCAGUGCCCAACCCUCAAAUUCACAGAAUGAUUACCAAAAGACAGAUCGAGGUUGCUCCCUCUGAAGAAAGAAUUGACAAGAAGAAGUACUUUAAAUACAAGAAAGAGAUAGCAUCAAGCGACAGCUCAGGAUAUUUCAACAGAGAAGAUUCGAGCAAUAUGAAGAAGAGAGAACUGAAGGAGCUCAUGAAGAACAUGCAGGACUCUAACUCUUCAAAUAUGAGUAAAGAGAAAAGACUUCAGAGGGAGAGCAACUCUGAUUCAUCAGUUAAGCUAUUCAAGAUAGAGAAAGUUUCCAAAAGCAGAACAGAGUCAUUAUCCAAUUCAAACUCUGAUCUAAAGAAGAUGUGUCAGGAAAAGAGCGUCAAGGCUAGUAAGAGCAAGGAUAAAAGAUCAAAGAAGGAUGCCAGGAUGAAUAUUAAGAAAGGAUGCAGUAUACUUCUUCUCAACAAGGGCAAAAUAAUUAUUCAAGGAAACAGGAUCGAAUCAAGCAUCCCAGUGGAGUUACAGAAAUAUGAUGGAGAUAUUAAUACAGUUAUCCCCGAUAACCCUUGUCAGAUCCUCAUUGAACCAUUAACUACAUCAAGAAGCCUCUCUAGAUCUCAGGAAAAUUUCAAGGGGACUAGCCAGAGUAUGAAAGGAGAGAAUGUGAAACCGUUGUUGACAACAGGAUCCUACAGCACCAAUGCUACUAGCAGAAGAACUUAUCAACAAACUCCAAUGCAUCAAGAUAACGAACUCAUUAAAGGAAUGGAAAUUCUUCAGAAUAUAUUCUGCUGCUGUGUAAAAAGAUAG